AUGUUCAUCCUAAUCAAUGGAAGUCCAACCAAAUAUUUUGUUGCUUCAAGGGGAUUGAGACAAGGUGAUCCAGUUUCACCCUUCCUCUUUGCCAUUGUUGUUGAAGGGCUAGCAGGCAUAACAAGGAAGGCUACAUUCACCAAUCUAUUUAAAGAAUUCAAGAUGCAGACAGCCAUGAAUGUAGUUUCUUUUGGUCUUUUGCAAUUUGCAGAUGACAUGAUCGUUAUUGGUGAUGGUUCUUUGAGUAACAUAUGGGCCAUUAAGUCUAUAUUGAGAGCUUUUGAGCUAGUGUCUAGCCUGAGAGUUAAUAUGAACAAGAUCAAGCUUUAUGACAUUGGUUAA